AUGUCGGUCCCAGCCGAUCAAACUCAGCCUCAUAUUCAAGGCCAGGGCUCAGCCCGAUCUAGCUGGAUAUCGGUAGAUGGCAACACUAGAGAAGACUUCCUGCGAGUUACUUCAACCGGCUCCCAACAGAUCAUACUGCGACAUGAUGCGCCAGAAAAUCACACUGGCACUUCUGAUGGCAACGCUGGGGAUGAUGUGACACCACCAACGACCUUGGAUCACAUCCAUGGACACGUUGGGGGUAACAGAUAUGGGACGGCUUUGCCGUCGACAUUGCAACUACUCGAUACAUCGGCCGUCGUCGAACCUCUCGCGCUCUACGUGGAGCAUGCGACGACCGGCUCUGUCUGUGAACCGUUGGCGAUGCCUUCUGUCCACAUCUCUCAGUCUGUUGGCGAGGCCUCUCUACCUGCCUUUGGUCAGAAACGUCAGAACUCUGGGGGCGAGGAGCACCAACUUGAAAGCAAAAAGCCUCGAUCGGAAGACCAGCACAACAGUACGCCUCCGGGUAAAGAUGCAGCUAGCAGUAGCGGCGGCAAUGGCACCCUGAAUCCGAACGAGAAGGCAACCCUCACCGAGAAAUACGCUUGUUUCUUUUAUAAGAUAUGUCCUGAGCAAUGCACAGGGUUUACUCUAUUGAGGUGGAGUGCCGUCUUACAACAUCUGCUUCGGAGUAAGGGUAUUUCCGGAAGCCCUGACGAGAUCAGGUGGAAGAAAGCUUGGAGCAUAAUGUGGCCUGAACUGGAAAUCCCCCGAAACCCUCACUUUGAGAAGCUUGUCGAUAUUCAGCGCCGCGAGGCAAUGCAGCCUGUCUUGAAGUACCUUAAGGAAGCUGGAGUUCCGGUGCGCAAUCUGGAAUCUCACGCAGCGGCGCUCAUCGAUAUUGUGUUAUGCAUUCCGACUCCCACGCCGCGAGCCGUGGGUGGUGAAGCCGUCCCAGCUGAGGGUGUACAAGGUCUCCCAGCCACGGCCUCCGCGCCGGCCGCCAGCCCUCCUUUGCAGCCAAACGCAUCCGUCCAGGCUUCUCAAGGCGUGUCUGGGAUUGUGAUGCCCCCACCGGGCCAGCAGAUGGUCUUUGGUCACCAUCCACAAACCCUGCCCGCCUUCGCAGCAGUCCAUGGCUAA